GAUGGUGUUUGGGCAGCUAAUCCCGCGCUUCCUGCCCCUGCUGAGGAGAUUCAGCAGCGCUCCCAGAAUGAGUUCAGGUCACCUGAUCUGGAUGGACUUGGAGAUGACUGGGCUGGAGUACAAGACGGACAGGAUUCUCGAAAUUGCCUGCAUUGUGACGGACAAGGAUUUGAACGUGAUAUCUUCGUCUGAAGACUUCAUCAUCCACCAGUCGGAGAGUGUCUUGGGCGGCAUGGGUGAGUGGUGCCGGCGGACGCACGGAGAGUCUGGCCUAACGGAGGCGUCCCGCCAGUCAAAGCUGUCUGAGGCGGACGUGGAGGCAAAGAUUCUGACCUUCCUGCACCAGCACACGGAGGAGAAGCAAUGCCCCAUGGCUGGGAACUCUGUGUACAUGGACAAGCUCUUCCUCAUGGAGUACAUGCCACGCCUGGCGGACUACCUGCACUACCGCCUUGUGGAUGUGUCGACGGUGAAGGAGCUGUGCCGUCGCUGGCACCCGAAGAUAUUCUGGGACGCGCCCAAGAAGAAGCUGUCCCAUCGAGCGUUGGACGACAUCCUGGAGAGCAUUGAGGAACUAAAGUACUAUAGGAAAUUUAUGUUUUCUCACGCCAGUGAAUAAAUUAUACAACAGAA